CCAGAGCUAGCGAGCUAGACAGUGAGCGGAGCUGCAGCCUGCCAGCCCCCACCUUGUGCAGCACAUCACACUCCUCGAUCUCUCCGUCCGUCGCACUCUCCUCCUCCACCAACAUGGCCGGCAAGGACAUCGCCGCGAUGGCCACCACCCGGCCCAAGAGCGUGGCGCGGCGGCUGUGGCGCGUGGUGCGCGCCGUGCUCUUCAUGCUGCGCCGCGGCGUGCUGCCGACCGGCCGCAAGCUGGCCAUGGACCUCAGCCUCCUCCUCCGCCGCGGCAAGAUCGCCGGCAAGGCCCUCGGCGGCCUCGUCAGCUUCAACCACCAGCACCACCACCACCACAGCGGUGGCCUCAUCUCUUCGGCGAGGUCGUCCUUCUCCUCCUCGUGCCGCGCGCUCGACCCGGCGCUCGCGGUGCACGAGCCCUCGCGCAGCCGCCGCGAGGUCGAGUUCAGCUGCAGCAACACCCCGUUCUCCGCCGCCGCCAAGGGCCGCGGCCACCACCACCGCGACGCCGACGAGGACGCCUGGUACUACGGCAACUACGACGCCGCCGACGUCGCCAAGGUCUUCGAGAUGCUCAAUGACGGCGGCCGCCUCUUCGACGACGACGGCGACGACGCGCUCCUAGCGGUGGCGCCGGCCACCGACACGCCGUCUCCCGCGCCGCGGUACUCGUCCAGGAAGCUGCGCGUCACCGACUCGCCGUUCGCGACGAGCGACAGCGACUCAGCGGGCGAGCAGCAGCAGGUGGACAGGAAGGCUGACGAGUUCAUCAGGAGGUUCUACGACCAGCUGCGCGCGCAGAGGAGCCGCGCCGCCACGCCGGACAGCUACGGCUACGCCGCCGGCUCGUACGCCGGGCACUCUCCACGGCCGGUCGCCGCUGGCAUCGCUUAAUCAAGAUCCUUGGCUUAGAGGAGGGAGCGCGAGGCGGCCAGCGGUCGCCCGGCCGGCAGGAGAGAGCGCCUAGGCAUGCCGCAUGCACAAGUCUCUCUACGUUCACGCUUGUCCUUGUACUACACGAGUACAUUUUGAUGUUUAAUUAAGAGAGAUUUUGCUGUCUUCCCCGUGGAGGCUUCAAGGAUCUUGCACAAGCUGUCGUUGAUUCUUGGCCCGCUUCCAUGAAUCCUUCAUGUUUAGAUUUGGAUUUUGUAAGCUUUCUAAGGCUCUAAUUCAAGAAACUAUCAUCCACUUA